ACUUUAGAUUUUGAGAUUGCUAAUCGUCUUAUGGAUAAAUCUGAGUGGUUAAAUAGCUUGGAGAUUGACGCUGCAAUGUACGUAUUCCGGGAGAGAACAUCUUUGAAACGAUGGAGACCUCAUCGUGUCGCCUUCAUGACUGUCGUCUUCAGCAAUAUGAUUAAAAAAGAGUAUGGUCAUUUAGAAGCUCAGGGUAGAAAGAGCUACAUGCUUCAUAAUUUGCUACUGCAGUUCGGUAAAGGAGUCCUUCCACCACAUGGCAGGACACAUGAGAUAUGGAAUAUAGAUGUGGAUCGCCUGUAUGUCCCUGUUCAUGUCAGUGGGAAUCAUUGGAUCGCCUUGUGCAUCAGUUUCGUGACGAGGAGCAUUGAAGUGUUCGACUGCUCGGGUAGGAAAAGGUACAAGGAGGUGGAUGGGUUCGCAAACCUUAUUCCGCGUAUUGUCAAGGCAGUUCAGCCUAUGAGACACCAGAAGGAUUUCGCAGUCGGUGCAUAUACUGUUUCCUAUGUCCCCGUUGGGAAUCUGAAUAAAAGUGCAUGCGACUGUGGCGUCUAUGCAGUGAAGUUCAUUGAGUGUCAUGCGCUUGGAUUGGAGUUGUCGUUGUUGCAUGAUGGUAACAUUAUCGAAGCUCGCCACAGGAUUCUAUGGGAUCUUUGGGAAGCAGCUAAUGAUCCGGAAUUGAUUGAUAGGAUGUCAAAGUAUCAAUCCCCGGAGUGUCUCUCUUCGACUGUAGAAGAGAUUUUGUGAGACUGCUUGGUUUCAAGUUCUAAUGUAAUGAACAAGAUUGCUUAAUCUGAUGUAUAACUUCUAGAUUUUAUUAUCAUUUUUAGGAACAAGACUGCU